AUGCUAUUCGGGGCUAUCCUGUUGUUGAGUGCAAUCGUCCAGUAUGUGACCGCCAACGCACUUGCAGGGCCCUAUCAGAGUUUAUACAUCUGGUACGCCUACCGUAUGGAGAUCGAGGCCUUUGGUGCAGGCUCCAACCAAAUUGCGUCUGGUCUUAAGGGAUCUGCCCCCGACGGGACUUGCUAUUUCGACGAACUCAUGGACGGCCUCCAACGGGCAGGCCAGGGACUCGCCCCCGGACAGCACACAUCUGUCGGAAAGGAGCUCGCCCCGGACGUGGCAAAAACCGCCAAGGAAAUCCGUGGACUAAAAAGCCCAGAUCCCAAGGGCGGCACAAAGGCGUUUGUCUGCAACAUUGACUCCGACAAACUCUUCAAGCCAGGCCAAUCCACGAAACCGAUGAACAGCCUUCAGGAUCUGCUGGACAAUGUGACCGAUCGCAUCGAUGCUGCCCGGAACAAGGUUGGCGAUGAAGCUCUUGGGGAUGCAUUGAAAAACGCGCAGAUGGCCAUAUCGGGUGUUCAAGAGCAACGAAUCCGUGACAUGGGACAGGACUAUAUUAAUACGGUCAACGAUUACCUUAAGAACGAGAAGCAGUCUAGCACUAAGGUGACCACGGACCAAAAGACGGAUAUGGAGGGGAACAAAGGCGGCGGACCAAGACUUUCCGAAGCACUGGGCCGGAUUCUCGCAGUGGCUGGAUAA